AUGGGAUGUCGCCCUGCGCUUACGCGUCAACAACUCGACGAAUAUUUCGACCGCCUGUGCGUACCACCAUCUGCUCGAACCUAUGAUAUCUCACUUGCUUCGGAUGCGUCAAAGCUGGACUUUCUCCAGCUGGUACAAAGGCACCAGCUUGCCAAAGUUCCAUGGGAGAAUCUCACACUACAUUACUCAUGGCACGGUCUGAUCAAUGUCUCGGUUCCUCACUUGUUUACGAAAAUCACGCAGAAUACCGGACGUGGUGGAUAUUGCAUGGAAGCAAACUACCUUUUCCAUGUGGUGCUCUACAGCUUGGGCUUUGAUACGCACAUGUUAGGAGCCAGGAUCUUCCGGGGCCAUGGCUAUGGUGGCUGGACGCACAACGUGAACGUGGUGACGAUCGGGACUCAAAGAUAUCUUCUCGAUGGCGGCUAUGGACCACGGGGACCAUCGUGGGCUAUGCCUCUUGAGCAUGAAACAGUAUCGGAGCAAAUUUACCCCGCUCAAGCAAAACUCGUCUACGACCGAAUACCCGAGAAUCUGGACUCUUCACAACGCCUGUGGAUAUAUCACUACCGGAAAAAUCCACAAGAGCAAUGGACGCCCCAAUACUGCUUCGCGGAACUUGAGUUCAUCCCGGCGGAUAUCGAAGCCAUGAACUUUGAGCCGUCAUUGAACCGCCGCACGUUCUUCACUCACAAGGUAGUUGCUGCCCGAUUCACCACCAAUGAAGAUGACGAUAUGGGCACAUUCCCAAAAACUCCCGGGCAGGAGGUAGUAGGGGAAGAAGUGAAUGGGUCCGUGACCCUCGACCAUGACGUGCUAAGAUGGCGCAAACGCGGCGGAGAGAAAGUUGAGAUACGGCUUAGAUCGGAGAGAGAGCGAGUCCGGGCUCUUGAGCAGUAUUUCGGCAUUGUGCUUAGCGCGGAUGAACAGCAGGCAAUUAUGGGCACUGCGGCUCAGAUGGGUGGCGGCACUGUUGGUCUCGAAGAGACUGAGGAUUUAGUGUGA